AUGCCUAAGGUAGGCUCAGAAAGGAAGAAAGUGCCUGGUUUUAGGAUGCAUCACUUUAAACUUAGAUCGUGCUUAUCCACUACGAACAUGAAUCUAUUCAAUUCUAAGCUUGUGUUGAAGAAAUAUAAAGAUCCACUUGAAAUUAUGAAGAAGUUUUACAAGUUAAGGCUGAAGUUUUAUUAUCAGAGACGGAGCCGUAUGAACGAUGAUGUGACAAGUCGACUGCGUGAAAUAAAAAAUGAAAUGAAAGUUGUUCAUACUCUUGGAGCAGAAGGUGAUGAUGUGGAUAACAGGAACAAGAAAAAAAGGCGCCGGACUGGAAAGAAAAAGAAGAAAUGGCACUCUAACACUUCAAACCACCAACCUGAUGAGAAGUCGGACCAUAUGAAAGAACUCAAAUCAAAAGUUCAUAGGUUGGAUCAAACUGACCAAUGGGUGGGAUGCACUACUCCAGAAUAUAUGUGGUAUUCUGAGUUAACAACUCUUCUAAAGGAAGUACAGGAACUAUAUGAGGCUGAUAUGAAACUUGAAGAGGGAUUCCACGACACAGCUUUCUUUGUUGGUUGUUUAUGCUUAAUCGUUGUCCCACAAAAGAUAGGUUGGGGCCUUAAAACUGCUUUGUAA